GAAUGUGUAAGUGUAACAUUCAGAACCGGGUAACACUCGGCGACCGAACGCCGGCGGUUCGGCAGCGAUCGCGCGCGCAGGGGGCCUGGCGAAGCGCCGCUCGGGGCCGGCACUGCCCGCGGGGAGCACGCGCCGCCGCCGCCGCCGCCGCCGCCGCCGCCACCCAGCGCCGGCGCCGCCGCCGCCGCCUGCAGCUGGGCCGCGCGCGUCCGGGGGGCCGGCCCCGCGAGCGCAGGAGUCCACGCCGCCGCCACCGAGUGUCGGAGCCGCUGCAGAAAGGGAAUCGAGAGCGAUGCAGGGAUUUGUGAGGUUACGGCGCCGCGGCUGCAGGAUGCACUAAGCCGGCUGUGAAGCCGGGCUCCGGCUGACUUGUUGGAACCGGAGUGCUUGCUCCUCUUGCAACGGGAGCGCUGCGGGGGGAGAGUUGAAGUUGGCUUUCCCAGGGCUGGUUCUCCACGCCGCCGCCGCCGAGAGGAACCCGAGAGACAAGGAAGACAAGGAAAUCUCUACUCCGUCUUGCCAUUGAUCGGGCACCGGGAGCCUUUUUUUUUUUUUUUUUUCUUUCUUCCUCUCUCCCCUCUUUUUCUUUUUCCUCCCCGUCUUGUUGCAUGCCAGAAGAUCACAGUCCGCGGCUCGCCCACCCCCUGGCGCGGAAUCCUCAGCCCCGCUCCGCUCUCCCUCUCCCGUCCAUUGUGCAACCCGACGAUGAAAGACCGGAGGGGAGAAAGUUAGAGAAAUCGCCCACAUGCGCUGGAUCAGUCCACGGCUUGGGGAAAGGCAUCCAGAGAAGGUGGGAGCGGAGAGUUUGAAGUCUUUGCAGGCGGGAAGAUGGCGGACUGGAGCUGAAAGUGUGGACUGGGAAACUUGGGCGAUCCUCGUGUUUAUUUACAAUCCUCUCGACCCAGGCAGGACACAUGCAGGCCAAAAAACGCUAUUUCAUCCUGCUCUCCGCUGGCUCUUGUCUCGCCCUUUUGUUUUACUUCGGAGGCUUGCAGCUUAGGGCGUCGAGGAGGAGCCGGAGGGAAGAGCACAGCAGCGGCGGUCGGAAUGGCUUGCACCACCACCCGGGUCCGGAUCGUUUCUGGCCGCGCUUCCCGGACGCCCUGCGCCCCUUCGUUCCUGGGGAUCAAUUGGAAAACGAGGACUCCGUCGCGCCCGUGUCCCCCCGGCAGAAGCGGGACGCCAACUCCAGCAUCUACAAAGGCAAAAAGUGCCGCAUGGAGUCCUGCUUCGACUUCGCCCUUUGCAAGAAAAACGGCUUCAAAGUGUACGUGUACCCGCAGCAAAAAGGGGAGAAAAUUGCCGAAAGUUACCAAAACAUUCUAGCGGCCAUCGAGGGCUCCAGGUUCUACACCUCGGACCCCAGCCAGGCGUGCCUCUUUGUCCUGAGCCUGGACACGCUAGACAGAGACCAGUUGUCGCCCCAGUACGUGCAUAACUUAAGAUCCAAAGUGCAGAGCCUCCACUUGUGGAACAAUGGUAGGAAUCAUUUAAUUUUUAAUUUAUACUCCGGCACCUGGCCCGACUACACCGAGGACGUGGGGUUUGACAUCGGCCAGGCGAUGCUGGCCAAGGCCAGCAUCAGUACUGAAAACUUCCGACCCAACUUUGAUGUUUCUAUUCCCCUCUUUUCUAAGGAUCACCCCAGGACAGGAGGGGAGAGGGGGUUUUUGAGGUUUAACACUAUCCCUCCUCUCAGGAAGUACAUGCUGGUAUUCAAGGGGAAGAGGUACCUGACAGGGAUAGGGUCAGACACCAGGAAUGCCUUAUAUCACGUGCAUAACGGGGAGGAUGUCCUGCUCCUCACCACCUGCAAGCAUGGCAAAGACUGGCAAAAGCACAAGGAUUCUCGCUGUGACCGAGACAACACCGAGUAUGAAAAGUAUGAUUAUCGGGAAAUGCUGCACAAUGCCACUUUCUGUCUGGUUCCUCGUGGUCGCAGGCUCGGAUCCUUCAGGUUCCUGGAGGCUCUGCAGGCUGCCUGUGUACCUGUGAUGCUCAGCAACGGAUGGGAGUUGCCGUUCUCUGAAGUGAUUAAUUGGAACCAAGCUGCCGUCAUAGGCGAUGAAAGAUUGUUAUUACAGAUUCCUUCUACAAUCAGGUCUAUUCAUCAGGAUAAAAUCCUAGCACUUAGACAGCAGACACAAUUCUUGUGGGAGGCUUAUUUUUCUUCAGUUGAGAAGAUUGUAUUAACUACACUAGAGAUUAUUCAGGACAGAAUAUUCAAGCACAUAUCACGUAACAGUUUAAUAUGGAACAAACAUCCUGGAGGAUUGUUCGUCCUACCACAGUAUUCAUCUUACCUGGGAGAUUUUCCUUACUACUAUGCUAAUUUAGGUCUGAAGCCCCCCUCCAAAUUCACCGCAGUCAUCCAUGCAGUGACGCCCCUGGUCUCUCAGUCCCAGCCAGUGUUGAAACUGCUCAUGGCCGCAGCCAAAUCCCAGUACUGUGCCCAGAUCAUAGUUCUAUGGAAUUGUGACAAACCCCUACCAGCCAAACACCGCUGGCCUGCCACUACCGUGCCUGUCAUCGUCAUUGAAGGAGAAAGCAAGGUCAUGAGCAGCCGUUUCCUGCCCUACGACAACAUCGUCACCGACGCAGUGCUCAGCCUUGACGAGGACACCGUGCUCUCUACCACGGAGGUGGAUUUCGCCUUCACCGUCUGGCAGAGCUUCCCGGAGAGGAUUGUGGGGUACCCAGCGCGCAGCCACUUCUGGGAUAACUCUAAGGAGCGGUGGGGGUACACGUCCAAGUGGACGAAUGACUACUCCAUGGUGUUGACUGGAGCUGCUAUUUAUCACAAAUAUUAUCACUACCUGUACACCCAUUAUCUGCCAGCCAGCCUGAAGAGCAUGGUGGACCAGCUGGCCAACUGUGAGGACAUUCUCAUGAAUUUCCUGGUGUCUGCUGUGACAAAAUUGCCUCCAAUCAAAGUGACCCAGAAGAAGCAGUAUAAGGAGACAAUGAUGGGACAGACUUCCCGGGCUUCCCGCUGGGCUGACCCCGACCACUUUGCCCAGCGACAGAGCUGCAUGAAUACGUUUGCCAGCUGGUUUGGCUACAUGCCGCUGAUCCACUCUCAGAUGAGGCUCGACCCCGUCCUCUUUAAAGACCAGGUCUCUAUUCUGAGGAAGAAAUACCGAGACAUUGAGCGACUUUGAGGAACCCAGCCAAGUGGGGGAGGGGAAGCGAGAAGGGACUGGGGUCAAGCUGCUCUCUCUUCCCAGGUGCAGAUCCGCUCAGCCACGGGGCCAGAUUGUGCCAAGUAGCCAAAUAAACUUACAUGAACAGAAUGACACAAAA